AUGCGGAAAACCUCUUAUGUUCUAACUGCCCUUGCGGUCAUCUUCACGACCGUUCUAACUAUCAUCUCUCUGACCCGUGUCGACUGGGUUGUUGCUCGAUACCGCGCUGACGCUAUCAACUCAAUCUUCGAGGCUAAAUACGGGCUCUCGACUGUCUGCACCCGGCUAGAAGUUAAGCUUCCCGGGGGAGAUCGCUCUCGCUACGAAGACGAGGAAUGCCGUCCGUUCCCUACCCGCAAAGACGACGGCUGUGAUGACGACAACCAAUCCUUCUGUGCUAUGUGGGCAAGCGCUCGCUACGCGACUGAAGUAGCGAUUGGCUUUGGAGCGCUGGCUCUGGUGGCCAUUGCCAUUGGCGUCAGCACCCAUAGCCGUCGGCGUCGCAUUUGGAAGGCUGCUGCAGGUCUCGUGACAAUCCAUGCUCUGCUUGCCUUGACUGCCUUCGCUCUCAUUCUCGACCAAGUCCGCAUGUCUCGUUUCCCGACAUUCCGAGAUGGCCAUUUGGGAGCCGGUUUCUGGCUUACCACUGUCGCAUGGGUCAGCGGCAUCCUUGUAGCUGUCGGUGUCAUUGCCACUGGAAUUGCUGCUGACCGAGGCCAUCGCUGGGCUGCUGGAAAUCGCGCAUACCAGCCAAUACUUGGAUGA